AUGUGUGCCAUGAAAAUAACAGGCGUCUUUGUGCUCCUUACCCUGGCAGUUCUCUGUUUAGCAAAUGCUGACAGAGAGAAUGAGGUAGACUGCAAUGAAUACAAGAGUUUAGAGAGAGGAAGACCUAUUUACUGCGAAAGACUCUAUCAACCAUUUUGCGGCUCUGAUGGAAAAACAUAUAACAACAAAUGUUCUUUCUGCAAAGCAGUCCUGAGAAGUAGAGGUGCCUUGCAUAUGAAGCAAGCAGGAGCAUGCUGA